AUGGACACACAACACCUGAAGGAGGACCUGUACCGCGGGCUCGACGAUGUUCUGCGCAGUCUGAAGCGCGCCGACGAAGACAACGUAUUUGUGAACAGGGUGAACAAACGGGACGCGCCGAACUACUACGAAGUGAUCGCGCGUCCCAUGUACCUCAACCUCAUGACCAAGAAGCUCAAGAAGGGCGACUACUACAGCAAGGCCGAAUUUCAGGGCGAUAUCGACUUGAUCGUCGGGAAUUGCAGGCAGUACAACACGGACCCGGAGUCCAUCUACCGCCUCAAGGCCGACCAGCUGGAGGCCCACGCCGCGGAGCUGCUGGCGGCCGUACCCGACAUCGACCUCUCCCACAUCCGGCGCGAGGGCCGCCGGCCUCCAUCGCUCAAGGGACCCGGCCGACCCCGCAAGCAGAAGAGCGACGAAGACACGCCGACGAGCGCCGCCGCCACGCCAGUCCUCGGCACCCCAGUCGUUUCCAAGCGAGGGCCGGGACGCCCCCGAAAGUCGAGGGAGGGCAUCGCGGUCGCA